UCUUAUGACGACAAAAAGAAAAAAAAAAUGCGGUGGGCGGUGAAGUGGUCAUGGUGGGGGGUCAGUCAGCUGCACUUCAUUCCUGGAGGCGCAAAGCAGAGUUCAUUGCUGCGCUUGGUUGACAACGUCGUUUUUUUUCUUCCAUGCUCGCCUUUGGUCUUCUUCAAUGGGUAUGUUUGUCCUGUUGGUAUCGGGUUCCCGUUUCUUCGUUGCGGCCAUUGAACAUAGCACGGAGGGAGGUCGUCUUGUUACCUGCGAGAGAGAGCAGUCCAAUGUGUGGGGGUCAAAGAAACGAACAAAAGAAGGCGUGUGUGUAUGGGUGUGUGUUGGCACUCCUCGACAGAUUGCGCAACAACGAUGAAGGAGAGAUUUAGAGAGAGGGAAUGUGAUGGAGAGCGCAGAGAUUGUGAAAGUGGAUGUGAUGGAGAAGGAGGUUGUGAGUGUUUAUAAAAAGAGAAG